AUGGUAAUGAGCAAACUUGUUAUUCCUUCUUCACUUGAUCCAACAUUAGCACCAAAAAAUUGUCAUGUAGCUUUGCUAUUUACUCAAUAUACACCAUAUCGUUUACCCAAUGGUAAACAAAUUGAAAUAACAGAAGAAUAUAAAGAAAACUAUUAUCAAAAUGUAAUUAAAUCAAUUGAAGAAUAUGCACCAGGUUUUGAAAAGCUUAUUAUCGGACGUGAUAUGCUUUUUCCAUCUGACUUAGAAGAACAAUUUUCAUUAACAGGUGGAAAUAUUUUUCAUGGCGCACUUUCACUUGAUCAACUUUAUUCAUUUCGACCAGCAAUUUCAUGUUCAAAUCAUCGAACACCUAUUCAUGGUCUUUAUCUAUGUGGAAGUUCAACACAUCCCGGAGGAGGAGUUACCGGUAUGCCAGGUUUUAAUGCAGCAACGAUAAUGCUUCAGGAUUGGCAACGUAAAAAAAAUUCAUUUAAGUGA